AGCAUGGUGGUAUUUUUUAUCAUUCUCUUGCCCAAACUCAGGCGAUCCAAUCGUAUCUCAUCUAUUCCUUCAUCAGACGGUGGCUGUGGCGGUGGCGUUAACGACGGCGGUGGAUGGCAAGAAGCAAUAAAUACGCCUCCCUUAACUUCAACGACAUCUACGAGAAGAAAUCCAGCUCCUCCUCCGCCGCUGCCGCCCAUAGACCUCACUCUUCUUCUUCCUCAUCUCCGACUAUUAUCUCAAACUCUCGAAUCCAUGGCCAUAUGCUCGUCAUGAGCCGUCCCACGCCCAAACCGAUCUCCAUGCCUCAGCCGCAGACCAUCCCAAUCGAACAGAACCACGAAUUUCAGAGCCCUCCGGAGAAAUCCCCAUCCGAUUCGGACUCGAUUUCUCUUCGGCCGCGGGGUAGAACCGGGUCGGGUCCGGUAAUUUCAUCGAACUCUUUAUCUUCGCCGGGGAAACCGUCGUCGCCACUGCAGUCUCCGUUGCCCAAGUCCGACCGCUUUGUGCCGCCGCAUCUUAGACCUGGAUUUGUGGGCCGGGAGGAGAAGCUCGUGACGGAUUUUCAGAAAGGGAGAGGGAGAGGUGAGUUCGCAGGUGGGCUGCUCCAUACAGGGCCGGAGAACGGGAGGCCCAAAUCAGGGGGAGGGUAUGAGAGGAUGGGCCCAGGCGGUGAAGGUGAGCCUGUAAUCUCCAUGAACAGGCCUCGUUCGAGCGGAGCUCGGCCCAGAUCAAGUGGAUGAUGGUGGUGGCAUCCAAUGAUUUUGGUUAAGCCAAGCUGCAUUUACCAAUGAGGAUGGGGACAAUCUUCUCCGAGGUAAAUCCUAGCAAAAUCUUGAUCAAUGGCCAUUCCCUCCGAACAGCAAUGAACAGUUUAUAAAUUAUAGUGAACUGAAGGUAGAAUUCUCACCGGGUGGAUAGCCCAUUCAUAAGUCUGUAAUAAUAAUCCCAGGUGACGAUGGCAAACAGUUGUUAAUCAUGGUGUUUAAGGAUUUCUGUCAUUUGUCCAUUUAAGUUUCCUGUUUACUUUUUGCAUACUUUGUAUGGGAUUGAGAUUUAUCACUGUCAAGUGUGGAAUGAUUUCUGCAUUAUUCUGAAAUUAGAGUGCUUGAA